AUGGCCGCUGCACUCCUCCCCCGACUCUCUUCUACGCCCUUGAUCUCGGCGAUCUCUUUCCGACAAUUCACCCAGAAGCUCUUCCCGACAUUGUCGAUUGCGAUCCCCGGUGUCUCGUUAAAUCUCCCCACCAUUGAUGAUAUCUGGGAAUCCGUGCUACGAGCUGUGCCCAAGAACAAGGUCUCUCACUCAAGGAAGCGACACAGGCAAAUGGCGGGCAAGGCGCUCAAGGACCAAAACGGCCUGUGCAACUGUCCUGGAUGUGGCCAGCCCAAGCGUACACACCGGUUAUGCCAACAUUGUCUUGAAGCCCACAUCACCGACAUCUUCUCUAUUGCGACCACGCCCAAAGCUGUGAUAUCAGGCAGCGGCUCUUCCACACUACACAUUCAUGACACCACUGAUCCUUCAUUCCCGCUCAAGCAAUCCAUUUCAGAUGCUCACAAGCUCGGAUGCCACCACGUGUGCGCUUCACGGAACGGCAAUGUUGCAGCUAGUGCCGGCUUCGGAGGCGAAGUGAAGACUUGGAAGGUCGACAAUGACACUGGUGAAUGGAGUCUUAGUGGUGAGAUUGCAGGGGCUUCGACGAAGCCUGGCGAGGCCUGGGCAUUGGCGCUGAGCGAAGACGGCUCCUACCUUGCUACCACAACCAAUGACGGACGAAUCAAUGUAUGGGAUAUCGUUGAUGAGAAGAAGCCCAAGAUCCGAGAGUACGAGACUGGAAGCGCUGGGUCAGGCAGCUUUGGCAUGUCUGUGGACUUGAGCCGAGAUGGCAAAUUCACUGCCAGCGGACAUCAGAACGGAUCUGUCUACAUCUUCAACAACGACACAGGACGAGUCUUGUAUUCACUCUCUGGUCUCGCGAAGCCUGUGCGAUCAGUUGCCUUUUCUCCAGGCAACACCCGACUUGCGGCAGCAGGAGAUGCUGGCAUCAUCGCUAUUUACGACAUGAAGCAUGGAGAGCAUAUUGGAAACCUGACCGGUCACUCUUCAUGGAUCACGUCCCUUGACUGGAGCGACACUGGAGAAUACCUUUUGAGUGGAUCUAUGGAUGGAAAGGUCAAGGUCUGGUCAAUUGAGCGCACUACAUGCGUUGCGACACACAGCGAGACGGACAAGGCUCUCUGGUCUGUGAAAUGGCUGCCAAAGACUGUCAGAAGUGAAAUGUUUUGCACCGCUGGUGCAAACAGAAGCCUCUCCUUCUACCGGGAGGCCACUGGAGGUUGA